GACAUAUAAACACAAGUGAUGAAACGAAGCAUGAAACAGGCUAAUUAUAUGAAUAUUUAAGCGUUUAAAGUACGAAUUGUAAAUAAAAAAGGUUUAAAUGUUUAAUAAAUAUACGUUUUAAAUUUCAAAGAAAUGGGAUCCACAAGCUCUCAUUUUCAAGACACAUUUUCUGAAAUAUUUACUGAAGAUUCCAUAAACACACUUCUAUCAGAUGAAAUAAACAAAUUAACCUAUGAUGAUUUCCUUAAUUUAGUUGGAGAAUUAAAUUUAUUAUCCAAAAAAUGUCUAGAUGCAAAUGGAAAUCAGUUGGUAUUUGCUGUGAAGAAAGAUACAGAUUCCUCAAUAUUUUGGAAAGCUACAGUGCAAAUCGCAUGUGUUAAAAUAGAUCCAGAAUGCCAGAAAGUCAUUACAUUUAGACUUCUAUCACUCAAUGAAUUUAUUAAAGUAUUUAAAACAUUAAAGUGCCAAACAAUGGCUGUAGAACAGUGUGAAAGCAAUAAUGAUAAAGAAGAUGUAGAAGAUGAUAUGUCAAUAUCUGGAAUAUUAGAUAGAGUAUCUGAAUCGAGUACAGAUAGCCAAUCUAUAUGUUGUAUUUGUUUUGAAAGGAAACAGGAAAUACUAUUACCUUGUGCUCACAGUUAUUGUUUACCUUGUAUAGAAGAAUGGAAUGAAUGUCAUGACACUUGUCCCAUUUGCAGGGAAAGGUUAGACAGUACAGAUGAUACUUGGGUUCUAUCAGAUGUACCGAAAGCAGAAGAAAUCAGUAAAGAAAUACGUGAAAACCUUUUAGAUCUGGCUAAUAAAGACAGAGCAUCAGCUUGCACUCCGUUUUAACAAUAUACAUUUUUUGUUUACACAUUGGAGAAAAGUGGACUUAGUAUCACAGUUUAGUGAAAAGUAUUUGAUUAUAUGAGAUAUAUUUUAAUAAGUACAAAGUUACAGUUGUUAGCACUUACAUAUUGGUUGACUGGUUGCUGCGUACACAGCUUUUUGAAACAAACAAGUGUUAUGUGAGACUCAUAUAGUAAUAAUUGCAAUGGAUACGAGAAUUGCUCUGUAAAUUUUUAUCUAAAAGAAAAAGUACAAUUUUUUAUUAAAAUAACUUAUUGAUUUUCAUAGUAAUAACUUAAUUGAAAUCACAAUUCGUUCAAAACAUGUUUGCCAGGAAAUACAUUACCAAAAAUAAAUCAUUUGGUGCAAAAUAUAGAAGAUUACCAACUGUAGCACAGGUCAGUUUAAUCUAAGUCAUUUUUCUUUUUUACUGCUCUAAUGUCCACCUGACAGCGAUUAACAUGGGAAAACCCUCUCCGUCUUAAGUUGUUCUAAACAGUUGUUUGCUCUCCGUAGUCCAGUCCAUUUCUGAUAUUUUUUUAACCAAGAGACUUAUGGAGAUUAUUAAAUCAACUUCCCCUUAGUAUGUGUCGAAGUAAUGCUAUUUUUCUAAAUUUGACGCUAUCAAUCAACUCAUGUGAAUCAGUGUGUUGUGAUAGGAACUGCUUCAUUUGUUUACAUAGCCGUCCACAAUAUUUGGAGUGUUGUUCUCUAUAAUAUUGAAUAUUUUCGAGGUCCAUUCUUCUACACCAUAUAAGAGACCUUACCAUACAUAAUUUUUGAUUAUGUGUUUCCGAAGUUGAAUUUGCAAGUGAUCGUUUGAGAAAAGUGACCUAAUUUUUAAAAGUCUUAUACGAGCUACCUACCUAAUCUAACCCUGGUCCUACCAAAGAUUCCAGUGCUGUGUAAAUAUAUACUAGCAUAAAACAUUAUAUUACCUAAAUUCUAAAAUGUAUCACUUUUACCUACACCUUUAAAUUCACAAGAAACAUAUUUAGAUCAGUAAUGCAUCUUAAUAUGUGUCUAAAAGCAUAAAGAGGGUAAUCCCCAAAAUGUGGUGUACACAGAGGUACUUUUAGGUGAUUCAUAGACCUCACAGCAGACGAAACUAAAUAUCACAAUGCUUAGAAUUAUGAAUCAUGUGAAACGUGAAUCACGUUUAUCUUUUAUAUACAGGGUUGACUAUUGAGACCUUGAUACUUAGCAAUUAUCAUUGGAUUUUGUGAAAAUACUAAAAAAAGUCGAAUUUUUCUCCAAAGGUGAUAUUUUUUAACGAUAUCGAUAUCUGCCAUUUAUCAACCCUUUCCAUUCUAAUAUCACACUUGGUGCAAUACUAUUAGACUAUUAUUUCGCUGGAAAAUUUAGGCAUCCAUAUUUUUUUAUAUAUUAAAUCAGUUUUUUAAGUGUUACACCUCCUAAAAACUUAACGCCCAUGUUUUUCUAGUGUCAAUUUAAGUUUUUCCCAACACAUAAAACAAUAAUUAACAUUAAAAUGAAAUUUGCAACUUUAAUACGAAACUUUAUUAAAUGUUACGUAAAUAAAAUGAACUAAAUUUUAAAUUAAUAAAUUAAUAAUUUAAGACAGUUUACUUUACGAUGAAUAUUUUGAAGCAUUUCAGGAGGUACUAGACUACAUUCAUGCACUAUUCGUUGUCUUAAUUCUUCCAAUGAAGAAUAUUAUCUUAUAUUUCUUGUUUUUUAAUUAGACCGAUAGGAAAAAGUCCAGGGGUUUAAAUCGGGGGAUCUUGUUGGUCAUUCAAUAAAACCUCUUCCUUUAAUUCAUUGUCUAGGAAACCUUUCAUAAUCAAGGUAUCGCAUUACGUUUAUGUUACAAUGCGGAGGUGCACCGCCUUAUUGGAAAAACAAAACAGUGAGUACCUGUUUUCAUUUUUUAUUAUAGCUGUUAAAAUGGAAUCAACUGUGUCCUCUAAUUAGAUAUGCUUCUUCAAAUUUUGUUGCAAAAAGAAUUGCCCAAUAAUACGAUCCACGUAAAUUACUGCCCAUACGUUUAAUUUCAAUGGGUGUUGGGUAUUUCCUGUAAAACAAUAUGAUUUUCAUUAGCCCAAUAACGGCAAUUGUGUCGAUUUACAGUACUAUUUAGAAAAAAUAACAUUCAUCCUAAAAUCAAAUAUUAAAUAAAAGUUUUGAUUAAUAUAUAUUUAUUUUCUGUCAUCUCACAAAACUGUCGACUUUAUCAUGGCCUUGUACCAAGUGUAUUUUGUAGGGAUUAAAUUUGUUAUGGUUUAGUUCUUUGUGGACGAAAACACAGUUAACAGUGCGCGAAACACCAGAUUCUUGAAUUAUUUUUUAGUACUUGAAGUACUUCCAAAUUAACAUUUCCUAAAAUUGCUACUUCUGCCGCUUCAGUCCUAAUGUAUUUUUCACAUUUCCUACUGAUCCCGUUUCAUGAAUUUUUUAACUAGUUUUCAUACGGGUGAUUAUUGCUUAUCUUAAUGAAGUUGAUUAAAUAAUUUCGCUGUUCUUGCAUAUUUUUCAUUUUCAAAAAAUAUGGAAUUAAUUUCAACGCAUUCUACAAGAGAAUAGACCAUUUCAAACGAAUAUUACGCAUUCCACAAGAGAAUAGACUAUUUCGAAGGAAUUUAAAAAAUACUUAUUUAAUAUCGCUGUUAAACGCUACCAACAAUAGUUCAAAUAAGUUUUUGCAAAUUCCUUUUAAUGUACGUUUUGACGUGAAGGAAAAAAAUUUCCAUUAACACUACCAAAACACAGCGUUACAUUUAGUUGUUAAGAGGUGUAACACUUUUAAUUAAUAAAUUGAUAUUUUUCACAAGAACAGAGUUAAUAUGAAAAGAAAAAUCAUUAAUGCCUGAAUUCUUCAGUGAAAUACCUGUCUAAGGAUGUGCUCUAUCCCAAGCGUUUUAUCCCUAUUUGAAAUUAAGAAUUUGUGGUACUGGAAGGUAGGGGGUUGACAAAUGACAGAAGUCUGUAUCAACCUCUUUGGAAUAAAAAUCGACCUGUUCAGCAUUUUCAAAAAAUACAUUGGAUAUUUUCAAAUAUCAGGUUGCUCCCUUUUGAGUGAACAACCUAUUGGCCAUAAUAUUAUGCCAUUUGGUAUUAAAUUGUUCUGUUGCCAACAAUAAAUAAUUUACACAGUGUCUGUGUUUUGGAAAUCAAAAUAGCCUUUGAAGGACCAGGGUUUAAAAAUCCGUUGUUCCAGAAUUCGCUCGGUUGAAUAACAAUUUGUAAAUAAGUUGACAAAGACAGGCUUCAGUUUACAAAGCAACAGCAUUGAUCCGUAAGAGGAUUGCUGUAACAUACUUAUGGAAUCUCUACACUACAUGGUAAUAUAGUAAGAGAUCAUAUGAUUUUAUCUUGCGGAAUCGGUACCGCCCUAUUCUUCUGUGACGAGCUAUGACGAGCCGCAUGACAAAAUCAUAUCGCAAAUCGCACAGUGUAAACAUCUAAAUUUCAUUCCAUAACCAAAUAAUAUAAUAAAUCAAGUCGACUUUAGCCUGUCUACUAAAGAAAACUGCAAGAAUAUAUUUGUUUCAUUAUCUUGCAACUGUCCCAAAUUCCGUAGGGCAAAUUAAAAGAAGAUUGGUGAUUAGUAUUGUGAUUUUUACUUGUAUUCCCAUUGCUUUAUAAGCUCUAUUAGUUAAAAUUUGCAGAACAAUUAGUGUAUAUUGUCAUGCAUACUGUCAAACUUCUGAGCAAACACCACAGUGUGUUUAAAUUGUUUACUUAAAUUGACUGGUCGCUGAUUAAUCGUGGUGGUAAAUAGUUGAUCGAUAGGGUGAAGAAAUAACUUAUUUCAUGAAAUCUCUUCACACGUUCUUAACUGUGCUCUUAUGGCAACAUAUGAAAAAAAAAAACUAAAAAUAUAAAAUUGUAACGACUUGUCCUAGGGCUGACAGGGUUGCCGUCUAGGAAAAUUAAAACUUAGGGCUAGUAAAUUACAUAUACAUAGAAUAAGAUAUUUUGAAACAAUUUUAAACGAACUCCCCGUUGAAGGGUACCUUCAAAUUAGAUAAUAAAUUUAAAUAAAUUCUUAUGUAUCAAUAUUAUCACUAACACUUUCUUGCUGCAUUGGCAACGGACACAUAUGACGAACAGAAGUUUUUGACAUACAAUUUUUUUUUACCUCUGGUUGUUGAUAACUACGAAUUUACACUAAAGUUCCAUUCUUUAAAUGAGACGAAAUUUCUUUACAUUUGUAUUGAUGUUACAGUUGCGAAACGUAUUGUAGUAUCGUUUUGUAGUUGGAGAGCCUGCCUAUUGGAAUUGCGCUUAAGUCAGUGUCGGGAAUGAUUGUAAUAGGAUGGCCAAUCGGGAAAUGGGAAGGAGUAAUUGGUGUUGGGUCAGUUGGGUCAUUAGAGAGAAUAUGAGAGAUAUUUUAAAAUUCAGAAUGUCUUUGUUACCAUUACAUUGUACAUCUAAGGUGUCACAGCUUUAGUGUUCACCAAAAUUUAAAAUUUCACUCGGAAUAUCGCAGCAUGGAUUAUUCAUGAGAAAACUCUGAUUAUUUGUAACCCAUUUUCUAAGUAUGAAUUGUGCUGAUUUUAAUAUGUCUGAAAUAUCUUUACAUCGGGCUUGUAAUUCUGAAAGGUCAUUAGAACCCGUUACUAGGUCUUCAACAUAGAAAUUAUUAAAAAAUUUCUGUGAAGCUGACGGUAAUGUAUCGCAGUGAUCAAUUGUUAAUUGAUUUAUGCAUUUUCUUGCUAAGUAAGAUAGAUAGAUAAGUGUUUAAUUGAUAAAUUGUAAAUUCAUUUGCUGGGUUGUCUCUCCACAGGAUCUGUUGAAGGGUUUGUAUGCAUCAUGUAUAAGGAUCUGCCUAUACAUUUUCUAACGUCAGCAGACAUAAUUUAUUUGUAUAGUCGGAACCUAAUUAAAAUAUCAAAAAUGUUGUUUUGCACUUUUGGUCCAACAUAUUGUAACUCAUUGAGAUACCAUUCAGAACUACUUGGACUUGAUCCAUCGAAGACCACUCUAAGUUGAGUAGUCAGACUACUAGGCUUGUAUAUGCCAUGGUGGGGAAAGACAUAAGUUGGUUCAGUGACCAUGUCACUUUCACCUGCAGUUUAUCAACAAAAUACAUCGCCAUCAAUUAAAACAAUAAAACAAAGGUUUAAAUGUUUAUUUUUUAAAUUUUAUAAUCGUUUAUAGGGUAGUGUUUAUAAAUGGAAAGUUUUUAAUCGAAAUUAGAAAUCGAUAUAAUUAGCGACUCUUCUUACAAUAGCACCGACCUUAUAAUAGUAACAAGGUAAUAAAAACAUGUUAGGAGUAUGGAGAAGACAAUACAACUUCGAACUUUAUAGAAUAUACCAGGAACGAGAUAUCGUAAAACACAUUAAGAUAGGACUUCUGAGAGUUCUGAGGUGGAUAUAGCAUGUAAUGCGGAUGGAACAAAAUGUCCCAGCUGGAAAAACGCUCUUCGAUGGUUAGGGACGACUGGAGAGAAUUUCUUGAAAAGGCUAGGAUCCACGCAGAGUUGUAAAGCCAGAAUGAUGAUAUGAUUUAAAAAAAGACUCGCGCAAUUUUAACUCGCUGCCCCCUCUCCCUAUCCCCAAAAACGUAAUUUUUUUGUUGUUUUUUUUUCGGUGGGUUUCAAAAUUCCCACGCAUAGUUGAGGUUUUUACAAAACUUGUCUAUUUUUUAUAUCCAUAUUGGUUGAGUGUACAUAACCUAAAAAUUCAUUUUUUUUUAAUGCGUAUAACUUUGUUUUGGAGAUGGCUGCAGGAUAAAUUUUCUGGUAUUUUCCCGGUUUAAAACCCCGAAACACUAUUUUAGAGGUUUUUGGGGAUUUUCCCCAUUAUAUAGACUUCAAAAUAAAUAAAAUCAAGGUUUUUUAUAGGUUAUAUGGAUGGUGUUAUGCAAAAAAAAGAGUCAACCCACACAAGUCUGAUUUUAAAAUAAAUAGCUUUAAAGUCUAUAAUCUCUUAAUUAAAAAUUUUAAUAUUAUUUAAGUGUUUCAAAUAGUUUUAAUCAUCUUUGUUAAAGUCCACAUUUUCUACUCCAAAAUCAUCAUUAAAGUCCAGCUAUUCUUAAGAAAUUAGAAAAUGGUUUUAGAUCUUAUGGUACUAACUUUAAUAUUUCUUUGAGAUCUUUAAUUUUUUCUUUGAAUAGUGGUUUACCUGUUGGCCAUAUACUCUGAUCCAACUCUACACCUUUGCACGAUUUCUGCAGUCGACCUUUUUUCUACAUCUAUUAUCUGUACGUUUUCUUCUGUUAUGUCUGGAUUUAUGUAGAGCAAGAAGAACUCACUCUUUAAAACUUUGAUUUCAUGAGUCUUGAGCCAAUUUACUUUCUCUUUCUCUGAGUCAACUUUUAUGUCUAUGAUACAUUCCAAUAGUUUGUCAAUUAACACAAUUUCUCUACUUUCUAUUUUGGUAACCACAAAUUUGUUUUUUCCUCCAAUCUUUCAUAACGCUGUCUUAUUUUUUAAUUACAUAGAACGUAAACAAAUGAAAAACAUUGAAUUCUAUGAGUGAGAGAAUUUUGUCUAUCUUAAGGAGGGGUACCUAAUUAAUAAAAAAAUGUUUGUUUAACCCUUUUUAAGUAAAAAUUUGACACCCAAUAUUUUUUUACGUGUAUUGUGGAUAAAGAUGAGUCAGGCCAUACCAACAUAUUUGGAUCAUUAGUAAUCAUGGUAUAAUAUGGGUACACUUUUGUCUUUUUAAAACAGCAUGUGUACUUUAUUUAAAUGAAUAAUAAUAAUAAUAAAGACGCAUACGUAUGCUCUCGGAAGUUUGACUGUAAAUAUGCUUGUGAGGGUGUUUGGCAUAUAAGAGGCCAGGUGUUACUUGUAAAUAAUAUUGAAAUUAAAUUUCAUAUUUUUUUAAGAAGGACGUGGCUUAAAUAAACUUGUUUAAAUAUAACAAUAGUUUUUUGAGAACAUUAUUGUAUCAAAUUUGAACAAUUUUUUACAUUUGGAUUAUGAAUUCGUUUUAAAAAAAAUGUUAUAUUGGUUAUUCAUUAUCACUUCUAUCCAUCAUUAUCGAUGACUUGGAUGAUACCAGAAGGUUUAAAAAUCAUGUUUUGAAUCUUCUAUUGGCCUCAGAACUUCAAAACGAUUCAAAGUUUAAUAAAACGCCAACUUAAGCUAAAUAUAGUUUUAUUUGCUUCAAUUCGAUAGCAUUUCAAAUAAAAAAUGUCUUACAAGCUUUUAAAUGUUAUAAAAUUUUUAUCUGGAAAGUUUAUAAGCUCGCAUGAUAUCACCAUUAGUAGCUUCUUGGAAAAGAUUAGAAAUAUGUUAUAGUACAAACUGUCAAUUGCGAAAUACUCGUAUAGGAAGGACGUCUAAGUUUUUACAAAACAAAGGAGGGAAAAAUAUGUUUCAGAAGAAAGUAUAAUACUACUUUUUAAACUAUUUUGCUUCAUGUUUUUACAUAUUUAAAAUACAUACUACAGUAACAAAAAAAUUCAGCAGUAUAGGCCCCGAUCUGGAAAUUUUUCAUUAUGACGUUUCAUCUGCAACCGAGAAAUUAUGAAAGGUUACAAAAUUGCAACUAUAACCUUCAAGUAUCCCAAAUGUUGUAUUGGUUGGUCCAAACUGGUAUUAGAAUUUUUGACUGGUCUGUAUAGAAAUUCUAUUUAUUUCGUAGUAUUGAGAUCCAUAUUAUGUUUAGGGACAGACCCCCUUAUUUACAACUAUAGUUGGUUAAGUACUUUGUUUUCGAUAGCCGAGCUGAAUAUAUGUGGGUAGUAGUUUGUUAUUCUUGUAAUCACCUUUGUUUAUUUGUUUCAUUAAUUUGCUCUUUCUCUUGCAUGAUAGUGUAUUCUGCAACAGUUGAUGUUUCGCAGUGACAAAGGCAGUUCCAACUUGCAUACAUUAAACCACAGCUAAAGAGAAUGCGAUAAAUUGUUGGAGAGGAUAAUGGAGUAGCACGGUUUGUUAAGUUUUUUAUGAUCCCUCUCUUUUGUUUAGGUUAGUGGUUUCGGUUGCUGUUCAAGGACGGUCAGUGUGCGUAGUUUUUCAUUAGACUCUCCAAAUGUAAUUAAUUUGUUCUCUAUUUUAACCAAAACGAGAAAAUUGGAAUAUCUCGGACAUAUUGCACGUGGUGAGAGAUACAACUUACUCCAACUGAUUGUGCAAUGAAAUAGAAGCAUUCGUCGAGAAGAUGCCUCUUGAAAGAGAAGAUUCCAAUCUAAACUGGAUUUUAUACUUUACGGAUUUUAUCAAUUUAAAAAAAAUCGUAGUUUCAUUUUUCCUAUUACCCCAGAUCACAAAAGUGUCAUCCAUAUAACGGAAACAACACAAUGGGUAUUUAUCUACUAAUUAUAUAGCUUUUUAUUCGUUUUUUUUUUUAAUGAAAAAGUUUGCAAUAACUUGAAUCAACGGACUUCUCAUUGCCACCCCAUCAGUCUACUCCCACUGAGAAUGUGUUGUGAUAAGGCAGUGACAAAAGUGGUUUGUGGUGCGUUUUGAGAACUGCUUAUUAAUGUAUAGAGUCUCACUCACUGAUACCUCAAUAAAUGGUGAAACUAUGUCAAAACUAGUAUAUCGGCCAGUUCUAGUGUGAUUUCCUUUAACUUCUCGAUAAAGAAUUUAGAAUCUGUGAUAUAGCAAUUGUUUUGAAUCAGAACCAGCUAUUUCCCCAUUUUCUCUCAUUACUGGAGAUAUCAAUACAAUAAUUUUAUGCUGAAUAUCUUUGAUGAAAGAUUAAUUAUUAAAUUGUCUAAAGUUAUAUAUAGCAUUUAAAUCUUGCUUAUUAUCAAUAAAAUGUGUCAUUUGUAAAAACUUAGAAGUAGCUUUUGUGUUUUUAAUUCUGUAUGAAAUGUAAUACUUUAAGUUUUAGAAUAUCUCGAAUAUUUUUUAUUUGUAUUAGAAUUAAAAUAUUUAUAAAGUAUAGUUUUAUUUAUAU